GUUUCACAAACAAGGCUUAAGCUAGUCCUAGACUAAAAUGCAUGUUUGAGCUGUUUUAACAGAAAGUAAAUUGCACAGACAUAUCUUAAAAUAUGUUAGAGCCAUUGUUUUGUCUCAAGAUGCACACCAGUAAUGUUUUUUUGUAGUGUACGUUUAUAAAAGCUACUUAAAUAUCCUAAUUGAUCUUAGGCUUAAUCCUGGCUUAGGCUAAGCCCUGUCUGUGAAACCAGGCCAUAGUGUUGUAAAAAUGCUAAGUUAUGUUUUACAGAGGUUUAUUUUAAAUACAUUGCCCUUUAAAAUAAAUGUCUGAAUGUCUGUAACAGGCAACACAAUUUAAUUGUGGUGCUUCUAAUUAAGUGAUAAAAAGCUGUAAACAUUUUACAAAAUACACAUUGUCCCCCUAUAUGCAAUAUCACAUUAAUUUAACUUACCCUGAAAAGUUUUCCUCGUCACUGCGGCACGCAAGUUCCUGAACAAUGAAUGAUGACGCUUGCUAACACCGCUAUUUGAUAGCCUUAGCAAGAGUGUGUAUUUAGUGUGCAUUAAGGCACUGAGCUUUGGCAUAUUAGAUCUGGGACAGACUUGCGUACUUCCUGUCAUUGCACACUCUCUCAAGUGGCCAAGAUCGCAAGUGUGGCUAUUGGGACAGGCCCUAGUUCACUGCAGCUGUGUCACCUGGAAGUGCAGCUUGUUUAUUUCCUGCUAUUUGAAGAGUGGCUUCCCUUUGUGCUGUUAGUCAAUUCAAGUCAAGUCACCUUUUUUAUAUAGUGCUUUUUACAGCAGCUCUUAAAGAAAAUGGUGUCAUUGUCCAGCUUAAGUAAAUUCAGUAUUGAUUCAUUCGGUUGUAAGAAUCAAUAGUUAUUAAUUUAGUCAAUUUAUCUAUAUCAGCACUGGAGUAAACCGUGAUGUCACCGUCCAGUUCAUUUUAGUUUGCAUACAAUGCUGUCAAUGCAAUGCAGGCAGAUCAAAACACUGUUGAAUAUCAAAUGUCAAGUGUCCGCAACUAAGCAAGGAAAAGGCGAUGGCGGCAAGGAACCCAAACUCCAACAGGUGACAAAGAGGUGUUAAAAAUGGAGAAAAAAACCUUGGGAGAAACCAGGCUCAGUCGAGGGGGCAGUUCUCCUCUGGCUAAACUUUGGGAGAAGGAUCUACCGCCUGCGGUUGAUUUUGAUAUUCUAGGUAUUAUUAACUGGCCUGAAUUCUGAGAUCGCAAUAGACGUGAAGGACUAUAAUGCGUUAAGAGUUCACUCAGGUACUGGGGAGCUAAACCAUUUAAUGCUUUGUAAGUAAUUAGCAAGAUUUUAAAAUCUAUACAAUGUUUGAUAGGGAGCCAAUGCAGUGUUGACAGAACCGGGCUAAUAUGGUCAUACUUCCUGGUUCUAGUAAAAACUCUAGCUGCUGUGUUUUGGACCAGCUGGAGUUUGUUUAACAGGCGAACAGGGCAACCACCCAGUAGAGCAUUACAGUAAUCUAGCCUUGAGGUCAUGAACGCAUGAACUAACUGUUCUGCAUUUGUCAUUGAGAGCAUAUGUCGUAAUUUAGAUAUAUUUUUAAGAUGGAAGAAUGCGGUUUUACAAAUGCUAAAAAUUUGUCUUUUUUAAAUGAAAGAUUGGUAUCAAAGAGCACACCCAGGUUCCUAACUGACGACGAAGACUUAACAGAGCAGCCAUCAAGUGUUAGACAGUAUUCUAGGUUAUUACGUGAAGAAGUUUUUGGUCCAAUAAUUAGAAUCUCUGUUUUUUUCUGAAAUUAGUUGUAGGAAAUUACUUGUCGUCCAAUUUUUUAUAUCAGCUAUGCAUUCCGUUAAUUUUGUGAAUUAGUAAGUUUCGUCAGGGCUUGAAGAAAUAUAGGGUUGAGUAUCAUCAGCGUAACAGUGAAAACUAACGCCAUGCUUCCUAAUGAUAUCUCCCAAGGGUAGUAUGUACAGAGUGAAAAGCAACGAUCCUAGUACUGAUCCUUGCGGUACUCCAUAUUGAACUUGUGAUCGAUAUGACAUCUCUUCGUUUACUACUACAGACUGAUAACGGUCAGAUAAGUAUGAUUUGAACCAUGACAGUGCAAUUCCACUAAUGCCAACAUAAUUUUCGAGUAUGUUUAAAAGAAUGCUGUGAUCGAUAGUGUCAAAUGCAGCACUAAGAUCCAGUAACACUAAUAGAGAGAUACAACCACGAUCUGAUGAUAAGAGCAAAUCAUUAGUAACUCUAAUGAGAGCAGUCUCAGUACUAUGGUACGGUCUAAAUCCUGACUGGAAAUCCACACAGAUACCAUUUCUUUCUAAAAAGGAACAUAGUUGUGAUGAUACUGCCUUUUCUAGUAUUUUUGACAGAAAAGGUAGAUUUGAGAUCGGCCUGUAGUUGACUAAUUCUCUAGGAUCAAGUUGUUGUUUUUUAAUAAGAGGUUUAAUAAUAGCCAGCUUAAAAGUUUUCAGUAUGUAUCCUAGUGAUAAAUAUGAAUUAACGAUAUUAAGAAGAGGAUUAAUGACCUGGAAGCAUUUCUUUCAAUAGCUUAGUCGGUAUAGGGUCUAACAUACAUGUUGUUGAUUUUGAUGAUUUAACAAGUGUAGACAAUUCUUCCUCUCCUAUAGCAGCGAAUGAAUUGAAUUUUUUCUCAGGGACACUACAAUGCACUGUCUGACGCAAUAGUGUAGUAGACGGUUGCAUGGUUAUAAUUUUCUCUCUAAUAUUGUCAUUCUUGUAAGUAAAGAAGUUCAUAAAGUCAUUACUGCUGUGCUGUUUGAAAACAUCAGAAGUUGAAGCUUUAUUUCUCGUUCAUUUAGCCACUGUAUCAAAUAAAUACCUAGGGCUAUUUUUAUUUUCUUCUAAAAGAUUUGAAAAAUAAGCAGACCUAGCAGUUUUUAAGGCCUUUCUGUACUCAAUCAUUCUCUCUCUCCACGAAAUGUGAAAAACUUCUAGUUUUUAUUUUCUUCCUGGCUGCUCUCUUAAGGGCCCGAAUGUGCUCGUUGUACCAUGGCGUUGGACUAAUUUCCUUAAUCUUUUUUAAGCGCAAAGGAGCUACUGCGUCUAAUGUGCUGGAAAAGAGAGAGUCAAUAGUUUCUGUUGCAACAUCGAGUUCUUCUAAACUGUCUGGUAUGCUGAGCAGAUGAAACUGAUCAGGGAGAUUAUUAAUAAAGCGAUCUUUUGAGUAAUACUGAAGAUAUUACUAUAAAUUACAGCAACACCUCCCCCUUUGCCUUUCCGACGUGGUUCGUGUCUAUAAUAGUAACCUUGCCACAUUAGUCUGGUUUUAGCCAGGUUUCUGUCAAACACAGCACAUCUAGAUUGUCUGUGAUGAUAUAAAUUACAAUAAGUGCUUUUGAAGAAAGGGAUCUAAUAUUCAGCAACCCAAGCUUUAUCAUUUGUUCAUCAGUAUUAUAUCUGUUUUUUAUUUGUUGAACAUCAAUUACAUUUUUACCCUUAAAUGGGUUGGGGAGUUUUUUGUAUUUACACAGACACAGACACAGUCUCUAUGUGAUGAUAUCUAGGUGAAAGAGUUUCUAUGUGUUGGGAUUUAUCUGACUUCUGUAACGUGAGGCAGCUAGCAGAUGGUCGGUUUAGCCAGUCUGUCUCUUCCUGACUUGGGUCCCAGUUUGUCAUGUUUCAGCUCUUAGACUAUGUGCCAUAUUACUAGAGAGAAGAGCGGCACCAUCCCAGGAGGGAUGAAUACCAUCUCUUUUCAACAGGUCAGGUCUGCCCCAAAAACUUUUCCAAUUGUCUAUGAAACCUAUAUUAUUCUGCGGACACCACUUAGACAGCUAGCCAUUGAGUGAUGAUAGUCUGCUAAGUAUCUCAUCACUCCGAUGAACAGGAAGAUAACCAGAGCAAAUUACAGUAUCUGACAUUGUACUUGCAAGUUCACACACCACUUUAAUGUUAAUUUUAGUGAUCUCCGACUGGCAAAGUCGAACAUCAUUAGUGUCGACGUGAAUAAUAAUCUUAGAGUAUUUACGAUUAGCAUUAGCCAGCACUUUUAAAUUUGCUUUGAUGUCAGGCGCUCUGGCUCCCGGCAUGUGACUAUGGUGGCUGGUGUCUCUAUUUUCACGUUCCGUGUAAUAGAAUUGGCAAUUCAGUUCAAUUCCGUCUCACUGUCACCCAGUUGCCCUGCUGCACAGGCUCUACAGCCGGAACUGAACAAUGUACAGAGUUCACUAAGCUAGUCGCAUCCAAAACAGUAUCUAAAGCCCUUAAAUUCUUACUAUCCUCGAUUAAAGUUUGGAUGCGUGUCUCUAAUUCUGAGAUUUUCUCUGUCAGCCUGACUAAUUCCCUGCAUUUAUGAUGUAAAUCCCUCGUUGCUGACAGAGAGAACUAUACUAAGCAUGUGACAGGCAGAGCAAGUAACAAUAAAAGGAGAUGACAUGACUCGCCAUGUGUGUAGACUGAUCCGACUUACCACAGCUGUUUGAACGCGUAGAAAAGGAGCGCGCGAGACUGAUAACAAGCUAACAAGCUAGCGAAAUGCUAACGCAUUGUGAUAGCGAUUUAGAUUAAACGAUUAAAAGCUAGCGACGUCAGAUUAAUGUGAUAGGCAAUAAUAGACAAUAUCAGAUAUAUGGAAAUAAUAAUAUAAACAACAAGCAAUGAUAAUAAGAGAUUCAAAACAAAGCUACGGAGCUACAGACGCAAACCACUCUGAGCAGUGAGGCAGACAGGAGCCCAUGGAAGUGGUGGUUUUAAGGAAAGUACUUGUGAAAUAAGUGUGCAGAUGCAACAGUAUGUCUAGAACCAGCAUCUGUCCGCAGACGUCUUCUGCGAUUGGUUGUAAAGAACACCUUCAGCUCUUAAAAGUACACAUACAGUUAAUGUUCAUGAAACCAAAUUUGUCAUAACAGCUGUUAGACUACUUAUGGUCUCUCAAGGUAUCAUGCACAUGUUGAACAUGUAUGCUUUAAAACAGCUGCCCAAAAGGAUAUUUGGUAUUUUGAUGUCAUGUUGUGUCAUGAUGUUCAGUUGUGAGCAUGAAUGUUAGUCAGUCAAACUAUAUUAGACAUUCCACUGUAUUUAUUCAGUUACAGUAACCAGGACUCCCACUAAUACAUCAGCAAAAUUGUCCAUCCUGACCAUACUGAUAACCCCAUCUUAUGCAUAACACAGUUGUAGUUUUUUUCUUUAAGUAAUACACUGAUGUCAUAAAUGUACACUAGUACUAAAUUUAUACUAAAUUUGUACUAAUUUUUUUUCAUAGUAAUUACUUACAAUAUCACAUUCCCAAUUGUGUUGUAGUACUGCAUAUCAGGAAAUCAGAUAAAUACUGGUAAAGUAGACAAAUAUAAUACAAAAAAAUAUAUAAUUAAGCACUGAAUACUAUUGAAUCUGUCUCUUUUAGUAUGAAUGUCCCUAGUUUGCAUUAGCUCAGUUUUAAGAAUGGAAUAAAAUAUCUGUUUCAGGCAUUUAUGUAGUUGUGUGUAUCUCUGUACACUGUAUCUCUUAGUAGUUACACACAUCUCUGACGUCCUCAUGACCCAUGGGUCUCAAACUGUCUGUAUUGUCUGCUAUCUUUAUCUGCCAUGCAUACAUGCACCAGCAUACUGAUGAAACUGAUGUCAUUGCUCAGAGUUUUACGAGUGACGUUCCCGCUGGACUUGCCCCUGUUCACUUUCUCCGCUUGACAAGCGACUUUGUUUCUCUCCAGCCGCCGAGGAUCUCACUGUCCAGAGCUCUGAUGAAAAAUCAGACAUAAUGGACAGUGCUAUUUCCUUUUGCAGUUUGCUAACCUGCCUGCAGACUUUUCUUACAUAGUGUUAAACUACCUGACUUGACACUAUGAUGAUGAAGACCUAAGAAAUUUACUCUUCACUUCAAGCCAAGCUGACAAAAGAUUGAACUCUUCUUACAAUGGACGUUUGGCAUGGAGAGUUGUGGUAAUGGCUACGGUGAUGCGAAACACCUCUGGGAGUGAUGUGGAGGCCCAGCUAAUCUAUGCUAUCACCCUGCCCAUCUCCUGCGCCAUAAUCCUGAUCAACCUGCUCAUCAUCCUGGCCAUCACCUGCAGCCGUCAGCUUCACAACUCACAGAACUACUUCUUCCUAAGUCUGCUGGUGGCCGACUUGUGCACAGGCGUGGCGCUUCCCUUCAUUCCCUGGAUGGGCCUGAACCGCCCUCUCAGUUUCUCUUCCUGUCUGCUGGUGCACGUUUUCCCCAACUUUCUGUUUCUGGCCUUCCUCUUUAACCUAGUACUGGUGCACUACGAACGUUAUCGGAGUAUUGUAAGCCCCCUCCGACGUGGACAACUCUGGCUGCAUCGGCGAUUUGCGCUUCCUCUGCUGGCCGCGUGGAUGCUGCCGCUGCUGUUCGCACUAUUGCCUGCCUUUGGCUGGAACAACAAGGCUAUUCAUGACCUGAAUGGUUGUUGUCCAGAAACCAAUAGCACGGCACAUUCUAACUGCGUGGCAUUGACUGGAGAGCGUUGCUGUACAUACCGCAGUGUCUUUCCAAAUGCUUUCAUCUAUUUGGAAGUGUACGGCCUACUGGCACCCGCCAUCCUUUCCAUUGCUGCGAUGACAUGCAGGGUGCUGUGGAUCACACGAGAACAGCUGAGGGACAUCCAGCGUCUGCAGCGUGCCGUAGCAAAUAAGGAAUACAGACGGAGAAUGGAAAUGCGUUACGCUUGUUGUGUGGCAGCUGUUUCCCUCGCCUUCUUGGCCUGCUGGGUGCCCUACAUUGUUUACACCCAUGUAGGGAUGGAGUUUUUGCUUCGGCGGGGAGGAAAGAGCAAUCGCACUGGACACAUUGUGCUGUCCUGUGUCGGGGUCGGGGGCAUUGCUGUCGUGCCCCUGCUUCUGGGACUUGCCAACAGGGAAUACACAGAUCCAGUCAAGAAACUGUUCCGCAAACUGAGGCACCGCUACGGAAAUACAAGUGUGCAAAUGGACAGUAGCCUUCGAUUCUGUCACAGUUGAUGUGAUUGAAGUUUAUAUUUAUAAUAUUAAACUUAAGAUAAACUGUGAUUUUGUUUUCAAUUUCAAAAUAAAACGGUUUGGAAAAAUAAAAUGGUUUGGGCAUAAUAUACAAAGGACAAAACCAGCUGAUGUUUUGGAACAAAUGAUUAAACAAAAAUGUUCAUGAACUGAUUGAACCUGCUUCAAUGAGGCUCUCAGCAGUGGUUAGGAGGUAAUUUGAAUAAAAUAUUCAUCUACUUCUA